ACAAGGCAGGAUGGGAGCCUCCAUGUCUACACCAGCUGCCCCUACAGUCCAGGCAGAGGCCAUCAUGGCCACCCCACCUCAGGGCUGCCCCAUGCACCAAGACGCCAAGCCUGUCAAAGUGUCUCCCCCUUCUGAGUGUCCCAUGCAUCAAUCGCAGCCUGUGAAAGUUACUCCUCCGCCUGAGUGUCCAAUGCACAAAGCGGAAGCAGGUCCGGCUCACCAAGACCGGGCCUAUGAGUUUGUCGAGUGUCCAAUGAAAGCUGCAGAAGGCGCGAACAGCGACAUCGACCCUGCAAACAUGAUGCCUCCUCCCAACCAAUCACCAGCUCCUGACCAACCUUUCAGCCUGUCUGUCAACAGAGAGGAGUCACAAAUACCUCGCCACAACACCGAGAAGAACUGGGUUUACCCUUCUGAACAGAUGUUUUGGAACGCCAUGCUGCGGAAAGGGUGGCGCUGGCGGGAGGAUGACCUUGCUGCUAAGGACAUGACCAACAUCAUUAAAAUCCACAAUACAAACAAUGAGCAGGCCUGGGAGGAGAUCCUGAAAUGGGAGGCCAUGCAUGCAAAGGAAUGUCCAUGUGGGCCGACUUUGAAGAGGUUUGGUGGAAAAGCCAAAGAGUUUUCUCCCAGAGCUCGCGUCCGUCACUGGAUGGGCUACGAGUUGCCUUUUGACCGCCACGACUGGAUCGUUGACCGCUGUGGGAAGGAGGUGCGCUACAUCAUCGACUACUACGACGGCGAAAUCAACAAAGAAACCUACAAGUUCUCCAUCCUGGAUGUACGUCCCGCCUUUGACUCCGUAGACGCCGUCUGGGACCGCAUGAAGGUGGCGUGGUGGCGCUGGACUUCCUAAAGGACUCAAACACACACACACAGACACAUAGGUCACACAUUCAAGGACUGUGAAACCGGCACUCCUUUCUGCUCUCUACACGGUGUGCUGUGAAAAGAUACCUUACUCAAGACUCAUGAAGAAUAAGAAACUGACAUAUGUUCGUUUUAGCAGAACCUCAUUCAGUAAGGCUGUAGGAAGCUUCAUCUGCUCAUCAUAUUGAUCGAUUAAAACUAUUUGUUUCACAUUACUGUUCACAUAUUUCACUUACAGCAUGUGCAUCUAAGCUAGUGGAAGUGUUUGUCAAACAGGUCACAUGUGGCUCCCUGCCUCUGAACAUGCCUCUACAUGCCCUCAGAAGUAAAUUAAGAAUUUACUUUAAGGAACACUCCGACUUUUGUACAGAAUUGACUUCAGGAGUUACCUCUCCAUGUCAAAAAAGGUUCCAAAACGUCUUCAGUGGCCAAGUAGAGCUUUGUCAAGUCAGAGAAAAAGAAAAGUGAUGACAGGCUUGUCUUAGUUUUUAGGAUUGGAAUCAGCAAACUACCUAAUGAAUACAGAUGAGUUGAAAUGCAUAACCCAGAACUUCCACCAGAUACGUGUGCGUUGCGCGUCAACUCAAGAAAUUCCCACUGUAAUUACAAAAUCAUCCCGAAAGCAUGAGAUAAUACAAUGCAUGUGGUAUAAAACCCCUUAUAAACACAACAUUCUGAAAAUAAACCGGAUAUUUUAAUGUUGUUUCGGUGUGUGACUUCCUGUCCCGCUCGUUCUGCUCAGUGGUAAAUUGACGCGUCGUGCUCCGGCACCUGGCAAAAAUAGCAGCCUUUGCAGAUCUGCUGUGAGACGCAGCGGAGCGGAGCCAGCGGAAACACAAACAUUGAAUAAAAGAACCUUUCAGCUCUGCUACCGUGGUAGACGGGACACACAGCGAACAUGUAUCUGGUGGAAUUUAGCAGUAAGAGAGUCAAAAGAAAGAUGUGAUUGACAUGCAGUGUCGGAAAUGUGAGAUCAAACAUUUCUGUACCCUUUUUCUAACUGGUACUAAAAGUCAGGAUACACAAGUAUCUGCUGAUUUCUAUCUUCUUUUUUUCAGCAUCCCUUCUACUCUUAACGGUUCAUUUAUGGAAAUGCAAUACUGUAUAAGCAGGAGAUCCCCUUAACUUGAGAGAUUGAGGCUGCUGUGCUGCCGACUUCCUUGUUUCUACAUCUCAUGGCAGCUUUAAAUAUACAAGUAGAUCUUUUGGAGCAAACUCUGACCUCUAAACAGAUUACUCUAAACAGAUUACUUGACUUAUUAAAGUAGAUUUUAUUCAAUUACAGUUAAUUCAUACAUACAUCUUAAUUCCAUGAAAAUAUAACUGUUGGUGAUGUCAGACAAACCAGACACAGACAAUGUAACUUGGUAACUGGCUUAUCGACGUGAACAGAGCCUAGUAUGUUAUUUUUUGGGGGAUAAAUUGGACAAUAACCUGUAGUUUCAUUUUCCACUAUGAAGACUGAGGAUGUUCAGAGGGCCGAGCUUUGAGUUGAAGUAGACUUGUCUGACUUAUCUCUGGUGUAUUCUCCCAAGAACGUCACCAGAUCUGUCAUACUUCCCACACAUCGAAGGGUUUUUGUUUCACCAAGGAUGAUUAUUCUAACUGGUGAGGAUGGGUUUGCCACUUUUCCUUGAUGAUUGUGUAGCGGUUUAUGAUUGUGUUUGUCUUAUAUGGAUACGGGCGGACCUCCAGGAUACAUAGUUAUAUAUUUCUUUUAAAAAGGACAAGGAUGACUAGACUUGCUGUUUGUUCUGUAGGAGGAGCAGAUGAUAGAAGCUUGUGUUGAGGUAAAUUAAUAGCUGGCUAUCAAUUUCAGAAAUUCUCUUGUUUUGGACACAUCAUAUACUGUUUUAGUUUUCUGAUUCUCAAUAAAAAUGCUAACAGUUCAUUUCAGAUGGUGUUCAUCACGUGCAUUUGUUUAAAUCUACAUUUGCUCUUGCAUUGUUUAAGACAUUUACAGUGGAACAUUUCAUCUCCAGCUUCUACUGUCCUCAUUCUAUGUUUCAGCUGUGGCAUGUAUUUCUUUUUUUUCUGUUCUACGGAUAUCUUGUUUUCUAUUUAUUUUUGAUGACUGAGUGUACACGUUCUGUGUACAAAAUCUUGAUGCUUUUGUUCCCAGAUACAGUCUUGUUGGAUCUAAAAACUAUUUUACCAGCUCUGGUGGUUAACUAUCAAUAAAGCUGGAUACCUUCUUCCUCUGAA